AUGGAAAGAAGACUCCUAAAAAAGGAAAUGAAAAAAAUUCUGGGAGAUUAUAUUGGCAUCAGACUUCGGGAAAAUGAAUUUGACCCAAAAGGAAGAAGGCAACUCACCUUUCUAGACGAUAUGGCUCACUAUGACUUGGCCAUCAGCGUUGCUUUGCAAUGGCUGGAUCACUCAGAAGACAUAAUGUGGCUGGAGUGGGAGGAAAUGAAAAUGCCAUUUCAUGGCAAGCCCAUAUAUCCAAACCGUAUAGAACGAGAAGCAAUGAUUUUAUCAUCUUACGCUGGCAUCUUAAUGAACAGCAUCCCAAUUGAGGAAGUCUUUAAAAUUUAUGGGGCCACUGCUUCUGCCAAUUCUGGUGCAACCAAGGUUUCCCGAGCUCCAUCUGUUCGUCUCUCCUUGCACCCUUUUGCCAUGUUAACAGCACCCAAAGCAGCAGAAUAUGCCUGCAAACAGAGUGUCAAGUUAAGAAGAGGAGCAGCAAAUAAAAAUGCCACCAACCGCUCUGCCAGGGAUGCAAAUGCCAUGGAAUGGAAAUCAUCAAAAAGUUUACGUUUGAACACACAACCAAAGAACAAAGUCACUUAG